CACUUGAUUGCGAGAGAUAGAGAGAGAGAUAAAGGUCGAGAAGGUCUUUUCCUCUCCUUCACCCUCAUCGUUUCGCCUUCUCUCUCUCUCUCCUUCUUUCUCAGAAUGCUCAUCAGAAAUUCUCCCCUUUUUGUUUCCUUGAUGUGUUUUCUCUUCUAAUCUCCGGUGUGAGACAAGGGGCAAAAACAGAGAUCGAGAAGAAGGAUUUUCCUUAAAGACAGCAGGGAGAACAAGCAGCCUAGAGAGAAGCUAAUCUAUGGCCGCUAUGACCGAUAAGGAAGCUAUGGUGGAUCCUUUUUUGGUCGAGGCUCUCCAGAAUCCUCGUCAUCGUCUCACCAUUUUGCGGAUGGAGCUCGAUAUUCAGAAGUUCUUUCAAAACCCCGAACAGCUUCAGUUCGAAUUCCGGCCUUUUCCGACAUCUUACCUGCGUCUUGCUGCACAUCGAGUUGCUCAGCAUUAUGGACUAGUGACCAUGGCUUUGGACAAUGGUAGUGGUGCAGGAGAUGGAUCCGAGAACAGGAUCCUAGUAACGAAAACAGCGGAAAGUAGAUUUCCUUACGUCUGUUUAUCCGAGAUUCCUGUUAAGCAACCUGAGAAUGGUAGACCUGAGGGUUUCAAAAUCGCAAUCAAGCCUAGACCCAAAAGAGGAUCUGGUUGCGGAGGUAGCGGAUCAGGAGUACAACAGAAUCUUCUGAGAAGUGUUGAGGAGAGAAAAGAAGAGUAUGAUAAAGCACGGGCUCGGAUCUUUAACAGCCCCAGCAGUUCCGACUCUGAAGAUUCAUCAUCACUACGUGCUCCUCCUCCUCCUCCUCCUCUUGAAGGGAGAAACACAUGCGUAAACCGAAAUGAGACUGAAGUGGCGGUCAAUAAUAAUCCUGUUGAUGCUAGUACUCGAGAUUCUGGAAGGACUUCUCGAGUAGCCAUAAUCAGAGAUAGAGAGAAAGAUCGAUAUGACCCUGAUUAUGACAGGAGCUAUGACAGGUAUGUCGUGGAUCCCGCUUACAGGUACGUUAGGGUUAUGCCAUCUGGCCAAAGCUUCAAUCCAAUGCCAAUCCACAUUCCGUUUCACGACGGUGUUUUCCCGCAGAUGCCAAGAGGUCAUCAAGUUAAUCUUAGCUACGGGCAUCCGCUAAACCCGGCUUUGAGUCCCUUUACUAAUAACGCGGCUGCUUAUACACCGUGGCCAAACUCACCCGCUAUGAACUAUGCGCAGUCUUUGAACAGUCCAGACACAAAUCUUUUCAGGCAUCCUUCUGCAAGCAAUCCCUGACGACAAGUAGUGUUCCGAGUCAGGCCUGUCCCUCUUUUUAAAGCAUGUAAAGCAUUGGCUUUAGGCCACAUUAUAUGAAAAAAAAUGGGCCAAAAUUUCAAAAGGUGUUUGUAGCAUAGAUGGUCAAGUAUGAAAACUCUAGUUAUUAUGCGUUUGAUGCUCAUUUUCUCUUGUUUUUUUUUUGUUAAAGACCUCGACCUAAUACUCUAAUAGUAGUGACUUACAUUUUCUCUUUAAUGUAAGAAAAAAAAAACAUGUCCAUCGUCGCCGUUAGGCAUUAACUAAACUUUUUCUUAA